CCGCAUUGGCUGUCCAGGGACGCACACUUUACACCGAGCAAGGGAACAGCCGCAUCACCUUUCGAUCGUCAUGACGCUAUCGGUUGCUACGGCGCGCGCGCAGUUGAAGAAGAACGUCAAGACAUCGUCGACCACGCCGGUGGUAUGCAUCUGCGGCGGUGGAAACGGUGCGCAUGUUACUGCGGGGUAUCUCGCGUCCAAGGGCAUCCGCGUGCACGUGUUGACUCGGAAACCCGAGUUGUGGGCCGAAGAGAUUCGCAUUACGACGAAGGGAAGCAGUUGGGAAGACAAGGGCGACAUUGUCGGUCGACUCACCAUGGUCACGUCCAGCGCGAAAAACGCGAUCCCCACGGCCGACAUCAUCUUCGUCGCGGCACCGGCAAACGCGCAUCCGGCCAUCUUGGAGAAAAUCGCGCCUUUCUUGAAGCCCGGGAGCAUUCUCGGCGCUUUGUUCGCCCAAGGCGGGUUCGACUGGGCCGCGAAGCGCGCGUUGGGGUCCGUGGCGCUGGACAGCCUCCACCUCCUCUUUGGGCUCCAGAACAUCCCGUGGAUCUGCAAGGCGACGUCGUACGGCAAGGAAGCCAAGAUCAUUGGACCGAAAAAGUGUCUGUAUGUGGCGGCGUACCCCGUGGAGCGCAAGGACGUCGCCGCCCGCGUCAUGGAGGACCUCUUCGACAUUCCCUGCGCCACGGUCGCCAACUUUCUCAACUUGACCCUGACCCCAUCCAACCAGAUCAUCCAUCCCGCGCGGUACUUCGCCAUCUUUCGCGACUGGGACGGCAAGAAGACAUAUUCCCACGCCGAACUGGCCGCGCGACGUGGCCUCACCUUGUACGCCGAUUUUGACGAAUUCUCAGCCGAACAACUGUCGAUGCUCGACAACGAACUGCAACAAGUCAAGCUGGCGCUGUUGCAGCGCUUUCCCGCGUUGGAUUUGUCCGACGUACUACCGAUGGACGCGCGGGUGAUUAAGCAGUACGGCGACGAUGUGUCGGACCGAAGUUCGCUCAAGGCGAUCUUUGCGUCGAAUUUGGGGUAUGCUGGGUGCAAUACCCCGUUGAAGGAAAUUUCCCCGGGACAAUUCCACCCCGCCGUGGACAGUCGAUUGUUUUGGGAAGAUAUCCCGUACGGGCUGUGCAUUUUGAAAAACAUGGCGGAAAUGCUGGGCAAUUUCCCCACGCCGCGCAUCGACUUUAUGAUCCGAUGGCACCAGCAGUUCAUGCAAGUGCAAUUCCUGAACGGCGACAACCAACUCAACCCCCGCGAACUGUGGCGCACUGGCGCCCCCAACAAGUAUGGCAUCCACGACAUUGCCGACCUCGUUGAAACGUCGUUGCCUCGUGAAAUGCACGGGUACCGACACCCUCGCUCCCGAAUGUAGAUGACGUCAACACAUCACCACAUUGGUCAAGUCGUUGGUGUUGAGAUAGAUAUUGGCUUAACACUUACUAUGUGAACUUGACCACUUGGCUUCGUGCGUAUGCAAUUUCAAUGUCGAGUUGUUUGAGUUGUGUGGGGGUGCCACGCUGUUCGAGCUGCAGCAACGCUCGCUCGGUGCACAAUCGCUGGACUUCCAAACUCCACUCGGCUUUUUUCGAGUACGAAUGGGUUGAAACGACGGGAUUGGGGUAGUAGGCGCUUCUAGUACUACUAGUUCUGGGCAAUGGUGCGCGGGGCUGCUGAUCUGGUGCGGGGGUUGAAGUGGAGGAUGCGACGAUCUUGAGGGACUCGCGAAACCGUUCAAAGUCCGCCAUGAAUGAAGACCGGUUCAACGCGGAACUGGUGAUGGAGCUCUCCGAGGACGGCGCGGCGUGGCGGCCUUCGCGAUGUGGAGACGUCACGGGACUGGGGAUUGCAGGGGGAGAGGCAUGCUGCUGCAUGUUGUCAUUGGAGUCAUCAUCGUCGUCGGCGCAGUCGUGAAACGAGAUGGCGCGGCCGACGGUGGGCGUGCUUAAGUCGUCCAUAAAGUGCACGGAGCGUUUGCUGUCGUCUGUUGGGGGCGUGACAGAGUCUUGACCAAGAAGGGGAGAUGUGAACAGAAGCGACGAGGACACGUCAUCUUGAAUGGGGGAUGUGAACGUCGUGGGAGGUCGAGGGGAUGGGGAGGUGUACGAGGCUGAUGCGUUCUGGUGCAUGCGCGGUGGGGUAUCGUCCUUGUCGAGGAAAUGCGUGUACGUGGCCAUGGGCAACAUGUCGUCGUCUGUGUCUUCGUCAUCAUCCACGGGAUUGUCCUGUCGCCUGGUUGAUGGAGGUGGCGUGAGAAGACUCUCCCGGGCCUGCACAGAUUCGUUGAGCGACUGCAUCGUUUCAGCAAAUUUGAGCUGUACAUGCAUCACUUCCGUGAGCAACGGACUGAGCGAAUUGGGCUGUGUGGACGACGUCAUGAACGGAAGGUGUCGGUGCGUCUCCGUCCUCGGGACUGGACUGGCGGUGGUGGUUGACAACGGCGGACACUGCGAUGGUUGCUCCUGCUGCUGAUAUUGCUGUCGCAAUAAACACUCGAGGAUCUCUUGCAGCUGUCGGAUCUGCUGCCGCGUGUAUUGCUCGACGAGGUUGCGCGUCUCGAUUUCCCACGCCAGACGUUGUUCCAGUGCGUAGUUGUGUUCCAUGGCCAUCUGUAGCUUGAGGUUCCACAGCUUCGAGUGCCCCAUCAUAUGUGCAUCCUCACCACCUUCUGCCCCCUUGGAUCGUCGCCGGGUGAGCUUGUCCUUUGCUUCGCGGAGCCGCGCCUUGAGUGUGUCCAGCUCCGUCAUAUUUGCGGCGGCGGGAA